AUGCCUACUAGAGAUGCAGGACCGGAAGCUCGUUUGCAAGGAUAUCAUGUUUCAGCAAAACCAUUUGGUGUAAAAUCACUUAUGAAUUGCCUUCCAACAGAAUUAUCCGAUCGGUUAAAUGAAAUCCUUCCUGGCCCGGUUACAGGUGAAGAUCACAAUCCCUCAUUUGUGGAUCAAUUCGGAGAAUUGUUGAUUUCAUUUCCUUGUAAAAAAUUUAAUAAUUUGCGCGAAUUUUCCGAGAUAAAUCAUGACCACACGGUGUUGAUAACUUUUAGGGAUAAAAUAAGGGAAUUUUUGUUGCAAGGUUUAGAUGUACAAUGGAAUAAAAAAUUUGUUAGAUAUGAGAUAGUCGAUAAUGGUGUUUGGGCUUAUUUUGAUGACGGUACAAAAGAGUUUGGUGAUAUUUUAGUUGGAUCUGAUGGAGUUAAUUCACCUGUUCGUAAACAGAAAUUACCAGACUUGGAGGUAAAAAAUUUGGGAGUAUCAUGUGUAAUAUUUGACAUUGCACCAAGUAAAGAUCUUGUCGAAAGAUUUUCAAAAAGUUCUUCUAGAGAUAGCAUAUUUAAAAUAUCAUUGGGAGAUCGUGGAGAUAAUUUAGUUACAGUAUUUAGACUCAUCCCAGUCGAAACAAAAGAUCCACAAGAUGAUGAUAUUCACUACAGAUUUACAUUCACGUAUACUUAUCCAUCAUCAUUUGAUGAUUACGAUAGUGAUGAUUAUGCUACAAAAUCUGCUUCCUUUAUACCUUCUGUAAAAUUGAUUUUUUUGGCAAAUGAAAGUGCCUUUUCAUAA